AUGAGCGGCUCGGACGGGGCGGCGGUGUCCGCCGGCUCGGCGCCGCCCGCGCAGGAGGAGGGCAUGACGUGGUGGUACCGCUGGCUGUGUCGCCUGUCGGGGGUGCUGGGGGCCGUCUCUUGCGCCGUCUCCGGUCUAUUCAGUUGCGUCACCAUCCACCCUCUGAACGUGGCGGCCGGUGUGUGGAUGAUCAUGAACGCCUUCGUCCUGCUGCUGUGCGAGGCGCCCUUCUGCUGCCAGUUUGUGGAGUUCGCGACCGCGGUGGCCGAGAGGGUGGACCGGCUGCGCUCCUGGCAGAAGGCCGUCUUCUACUGCGGGAUGGCCGUCAUCCCCAUCGUCAUGAGCCUGACGCUGACCACGCUGCUGGGCAACGCCAUUGCCUUUGCCACGGGGGUGCUGUACGGACUGUCCGCCCUGGGCAAGAAGGGCGAUGCCGUCUCCUACGCCCGGAUCCAGCAGCAGAAGCAGCAGGCAGACGAGGGGAGGCUGGCAGAGACCCUGGAGGGGGAGCUGUGA